UCAAAAUUAGAGUUUUUUGUGAUGUAAGUGUGUGACUAAACAAAAUUAUAAACAAAAGCUUCAUUGUGAAAGGAUCUUUGAUCAAUUUUAAAUUUCCUCAAACUAAAAAGUAUAAGCUAUGGCGUACUACAAAGGUGCAGCGAGUGAGGGUGGCCGCGCAAUGCAGCUUAUGAAAAAACGUGAAAUUGCUCAGCAGGAAAUUGAGUUCCGGAAGAAGAAAAUUGAAGAGGAUCUGAAAGUUAGUAAUAUUGAAAACAAGUUUGCUACUCACUACGAUGCCGUGGAACAGCAGCUCAAAACUUCAACCAUCGGUCUCGUUACGUUGGAUGAAAUGAAACAGAAGCAAGAGGACAUUGUCCGGGAACGAGAGAAAAAGCUAGCUCAAAAAAAAGAAGAGAAAGAUCGUGAGAAGCUUAGAGCCUUGGAAGCAAAACAGGCCGAAAAGGAUAAGCAAAAAAGACAGAUCCAAGCCUUGUCCUUCGAUCUUGAAGAAAAUGAGGAAGGAGAUGACAGAGAAGAUGAUGAAACGGAAGAGGAAUCUUUAGAUAUAAAGCCAAAGAAAUGGCAAACUGAGGAACAAUCGGAACCUAAAAUAAAAAAAAUCAAGAAAAAUCCCGAUGUGGAUACAUCUUUUCUUCCUGAUAGAGAACGCGAGGAGAUGGACAAUAAAUUAAGAGAACAACUGCGACAGGAAUGGGCCAUGAAACAAGCAAUGCUUAAAGAUCAAGAAAUAUCGAUAACUUUCAGUUAUUGGGAUGGCUCAGGUCAUCGCAAAUGUAUUACCAUGAAAAAGGGUAAUUCUAUCUAUCAGUUCCUGCAAAAAUGUUUGGAAAUGUUGCGCAAAGAGUUCAGUGAAUUGAAAACAGUAAUGGCUGACCAGCUUAUGUAUGUCAAAGAAGAUUUAAUAUUACCUCAUCAUUACACUUUUUACGAUUUUAUCGUAACAAAAGCUCGCGGAAAAAGUGGGCCGUUGUUCAACUUCGAUGUCAAAGACGACAUUCGCAUGAUUAGUGAUGCAACAGUGGAAAAGGAAGAAUCUCACGCCGGAAAAGUGCUUUUACGCUCCUGGUACGAAAGGAAUAAGCAUAUUUUCCCAGCAUCGCGUUGGGAACCAUAUGAUCCUACUAAGGUUUACGAUAAAUAUACUAUCAAGGACAAAUGCAAAAAGUAAAUUUCGUUGGGAUUUUAUAUUUAACAGUUUUAAUUCCAUUUUCGUCAAUAAAACCGUAAUAUUUCAUCUUAUUCUCUUCA